GGCACGGACAGGCGUGCUAUUUUGUGAAAGAAAACAUACAGAGACGUCGUAUAGUGGCCGCUAGCAAACGUGGCCAUGCUGUUGUGUGGAUUUUGAUGCGCCUCAAUAGCGCAUGCGCUAACCAAAGUGUCUAUUGCCGAAGUAAAUCAGGGCGGACCGGGUUGUUGCAGUUUUCUACAGAAUCGCUGAUCCACAUAACUUCACACGUGGCAUUGUACUCUCUCGGGUCCUCAGCAACACACACACCAAGCUUGAAGUAUAUUGGUCUGAGGGUUGGCAAGAUCGAAACUCACACACACACACACACACACACACACACACAUAGACUCCUGUCAUGAUAGUAUGACGUCAAGCCAGCAUCCCAUUGGAGGCACACAGUGUACUUAUCAACUGAUUAUCAAAUGAUCUACAUACAUGUGUAAGAUUUGCAGUUACUGCUGCUUUUACUGUCACAAUGUCCCUCAACCUUCUUUUGUCUGCUCAGUGGCCAUAAACCCUGUCGUGCCCAUCACCCAGAAGCCCCGGUUCUAUGGUGUGGAAACCAAACGCAAUGUGGGCAUUUACUGUCUGUGCUCCACGAAACUCCAGCCAGCCAGGGCCGAGUGGUACAAGGUCGAUAAGUACGACGUCGAUUAUCAAAUCAAAAGCCAGAUAAAGGAAGGAAAAAAGUUUGUCUUUCACAACAUCAGCCAGAACCAAAACAUCUUUCUCUUCAUCCGUGAUGUGCGCGUAGAAGACAGCGGAGUGUACUUCUGCAAGAUAGGAAAUGAAUGGGGACCUGGGACUGCAGUUCAAGUAGCCAGACCCAUUGACGUUCCCCAGGCACUGUACAGGACCAAGAUGAAGGACGGUCUCAUUAUCCUCCAGGGCCUGGUGUUGGCUGUGUGUAUUGCUGCUGUACUGCUACGCAAACGGCAACUGUUGGAAAAGAGGGACAUUAUAUAUGAGGAGCCUGAAACUGAUCACAUCUAUGAGGGCUUGGCGAUCGAGACGUGUGGAGGAGAUCUGUACGAGGAACUCUCGCCGUACGCCGAGGCUGAAGGAACUGAGGCCCCAUGGGAGUGACUCACACACAGUUACACGUUCUUGAUUAUAGAAGUACAAAUGAUACAUUAUUAAGAGUCCUUAGAGGAGAUUUGACAUUUUGUUCUAGUAGGCUAAAUGUUUGUUUAUAAGUGUUCAACAACAUACCUUUUCUAAAACGCUUGCUAUAUGUUCAGUUUAUUUUUUGCUAUUUAGUAACGCUGGAGUGAAUUUAUCAGAUGUGAUUUGAAGUGUAAAUAAAUCAUUCUAAAAUGUAUUAUUAUUACAUUGGUGGUGCGUUAAGAGGCUUUUAUAAAUAUAAGAGGUGUAUUAUUUCAUAAAGACUUCUCUGACAUGAGAGUUUAAUAUCUGUUUUGUAAAUGUUACAGAAAUCUGUGUGCAUCAUUGAUUAUCUAAAAAAUCGGCAUGCCUUUUGUUUAUGUAACACAAAUAGAAAAAUAAUAAAAACCUUUCCAUGUG